UCUCCUCCCGUGGGAGGAGACAGGAGGAGAGGCCGGCAGGACUAUAAAGAGUCCGCUUCCCGGGACAGCCAGCACACCCCUACCGUACAGCACUGUCACGCACACAGCCCGGCAACCUGCGCAUACAAGGUACUAUGGUGAAGCGUAUUGCAGUCAUCCUCUCAGGCUGUGGCGUCUAUGACGGCACAGAGGUCCAUGAGGCCUCAGCCGUCCUCGUCCAUCUGAGUCGGGCUGGAGCAAAAGUGCAGAUGUUUGCUCCGAACGCAGAUCAGAUGCACGUUGUAAAUCAUUGCGAGGGGAAACCUACAGAGGAGAAAAGAAACAUCCUGCAGGAAAGUGCCCGCAUCGCCAGGGGUGAUGUGACUGAUCUGGCCAAGUUAGAUGUUACAGCAUUUGAUGCCGCCAUCAUCCCAGGGGGUUUUGGUGUGGCUAAGAACCUGAGUGACUGGGCAGUGAAGAAUAAGGACUGCACCAUCCAGCCACAGGUGGAGAGGAUCAUCGAAGCUUUCCACAAAGCUGGAAAGCCGCUGGGCAUGUGCUGCAUCUCCCCCGUCCUUGCUGCCAAAAUCCUGCCUGGAUGCGAGCUCACCGUGGGACAGGACAGAGAGUCUGAAAAGUGGCCGUAUGCUCAGACAGCAGGUGUUGUGAAGGAGAUGGGUUGCAAACAUGUGAACAAGGAUGUGGAAGAAGCUCAUGUUGAUGUCAAAAACAAGCUGGUCACCACCUGUGCCUUCAUGUGCAAUGCUCCCAUUCACAAAGUUUUUGAUGGAAUAGGUGUCUUGGUUAUGGAGACACUGAAACUGGCUUAAGAGCUCCUCAAAUUACAUUCUGGAUGUUUCUUUUGAAUUACCUAGAAAGCAAGUGUUUGUGAUUUUCUAUACAACGUGUUUAACAUUAACUUUUCGCACUUGUCGCAUCCCUGACCAUUUGUCUCGUGUUAUAUCAUUAUUGUGUUGUUUUGAGAUUUUCAAUAAAAGCUUGGCUACACAUUA